AUGUCUGGUAACGUCGAUGAGUUGGCGUAUGUAGAAGCUGAGAAGGGUAAAGCCAGCCUGGAGUUCGAGGAUGAGAAACAAAUGGCUCGGUUCGAACUGGGCGUUUCCAUGGCCGUUUACAAGUGGGAAGCGCUGGAUCUGGCGGUGCAGAAUAGCUGGGGAGGACCAGAGUCUGCAGAGAAGCGAGACUGGGUAUCGGCAAUCAUUGUUGACCUUUUCAAAGACGGUAAAAUUGUAGAUGUUUCGCUUAUCGAAGAGACGCUACUCUACGCUAUGAUGGAUGAAUUUGAGACCAACUGUGAUGACGACUCAGCUCUGCCGAUCGCAGCGUUGGUCAUCGACCUGUACAAACAAUGCCAACAACUGGAAUUCUCGACCGUGGAUAGCCUUUAUGCUCAAUGGAAGGAAAGGCAAGAGACCAGACAGUCCACGAAGGAUAUUCAGAUCGGCGGCGAUCCUUGGAAUCCGGACGUGUCUGAAUGUGAGGACGAAAGUGAUGCAGAAGAUGGUGAACAACAGCCUCCCGCUAUGGUCAAGGAUAUGGACGUAGACGUAGACGUAGACAUGGAGGCUGAAGAUACACCGGAGCCAGUGGUCGAUGAAGAUGGGUUCGAGCUUGUGCAGAAAAAAGGUAGAAAACCUAGAUAUUGA